AAGAAGGAAAUAAACAUCAAAAAUAAAAAGUUUUUUUUUCCCGAUUCAACUUUUUUUUGAUCGCAAAUGGAAAUUAAAGCGAAUAAAUAACCAAGCAUCCCUGCCGCUGCCGGAUGGUGGUUUCCUGGAGACUGCUGAGAAGAUGCUGCUGGUUGGAGCUGGCUGAAGCUAUUGUCCUACUGCAUUGAAUCCCCUCCCCAUCGCUCCCCUUUCUCCCUCCCUUCCCACUCCCGCUCUUCCUUUCUUCUUCUUUUUUGUUAAUUACAAAAAAAAAAAUAUUUUCCCCGUGGUGACCUUGGCCGCUUCAGCUCCUACGAUUUCAUGUGCCUCCGAGAGCUCUCAUGGCUGAAUCCGAAGAAGGAACCGGCUGUUUUCUGCCGAGAGGCAGGUCUCAGAGUGACCCCAGCAUCCUCACUGACACAACUGCCGCGGAAGCCGGGGAGAGCCCAGAAGGAGUGAAAGAAAGCAUGGAAAAGAAUAUGAAAUAUGAGAUGGAUCAGUCUCCUGCAGUGCGUUCAGAAUAUUUGGUCUCAGGAAUUAGAACACCGCCUGUAAGAAGGAACAGCAAACUGGCCACGCUGGGCAGGAUCUUCAAGCCCUGGAAAUGGCGGAAAAAGAAAAAUGAAAAAUUGAAACAAACUUCAGCAGUGUUAGAGAAAAAGAUUGCCACUAGACAAGGUCGUGAUGAACUCAUUAAGAAAGGUCUGCUGGAGAUGAUGGAACAAGAUGCUGAAGGCAAGGCAUGCAAUGCUGAUGGUGGCACCAGAGCAAUGCAGAGUGACCCUUCAUCCCCCAAAUGCCAGGCAUUUACCUCAGAAGAGAUGCAGCAGGAAAGUACCAUAGCCGAAGCAGCGGCAACAGAUCAGACCUCACUUGGCGAGGAGCUGCAUUCAGAGGAGCAGAAAGAAGACACAGCCAAGAUACCAUCAACAUCUAGUGAAGAAGACAGCAGUCUGUCUGCUACAGAAGAGACUGCCCAAGCCUUACUUGUUUCUGAAUCUGUAGAUUCCCCUGGUAAACAGACAGAAAGAAACCCAGCCCAGCUUCCCAGUCCCCCGCUGCUUCCAGUUCCACCACCGAAGACAGUGUCCAAGAUAAACAAAAAUGCAACAGGACAAGCUACCCUCUUCCAGGCCUCUGGCCAGAAAGGUGCCGACUCCCAUGUUCGAGGCCAGCACUCCACGCCCACUGGCUCCCCUCAUCUUGCUGCUGUCCACAUGCCUUUACCUCCAAGCCGAGUCAUUGAAGAACUCCACAGGGCUCUGGCAACAAAACACCGGCAGGAUAGCUUUCAAGGAAGAGAAAGCAAGGGAUCUCCAAAGAAAAGGGUAGAUGUUCGUCCAUCUAGAACUUCCAGCAUUGAACGAAACAGAGAGAAAGAGAACUCGUUGAACUUCGAUGGGGAGUCAGAGAAUAAAAGGAACUCAGUAAAGGAGUCUGAUGAAAACAAAGAAAAUAUGAUCAUGGAUUCAGAAAUCAAGGAUGACACGAUUUUAUAUCAGGAUGAAGAAGCUUUGAAUGAUUCCAUUAUCUCUGGUACAUUGCCAAGAAAAUGUAAGAAAGAGCUGCUGGCAGUUAAACUAAGGAACAGGCCAAGUAAACAGGAAUUGGAAGAUAGAAAUAUUUUCCCAAGGAGAACUGAUGAGGAGAGGCAGGAAAUCCGGCAACAGAUUGAAAUGAAACUGUCCAAACGACUGAGCCAAAGACCUGCAGUAGAGGAGCUAGAGAGAAGAAAUAUUCUGAAACAAAGAAAUGACCAGACGGAGCAGGAAGAAAGAAGGGAAAUCAAGCAAAGAUUGACAAGAAAGCUCAACCAGAGACCCACGGUUGAUGAAUUAAGGGACAGAAAAAUUUUGAUUCGUUUUAGCGAUUACGUGGAAGUGGCAAAAGCACAGGAUUAUGACAGACGUGCAGACAAACCAUGGACAAGAUUAUCAGCAGCAGAUAAGGCGGCAAUCCGUAAAGAACUAAAUGAAUACAAAAGCAAUGAAAUGGAGGUGCAUGCAUCCAGCAAGCAUUUGACAAGAUUCCACAGGCCAUAGAGAUUUUCUUCUGAGAAGAAUUUGUCUUUACUUUUUGAUACCACCACUGAACCCUUGUCAGGGAAAGUGUAAGGGUCUUUCCCUAUGGUUCAGUCCACGAAAAGAAAUUAUGACAUUACAUGAGCAAAGCAGAGGACUUAUACAGGUGAAAUCUCUACAGCACUUGCCAACCCAACUAGAGUGAACCGAAGAGGCUUCACUCACUGGUGACUGAAAAUUGUUGACCAAUGGACGUGAGAGGACCAGCUGCGAAAAAGCCCGAAACAGAUCGACCACAAGAAAACUGCUGUUCUCCUUUAGUCCUUCUUUAAAACUAUUGCAGCAUAUCUGGGAAAAGGAGAUGUUGUGCAUGAAUAGCCUUUACCAUUCCAAGGCCUCUGACAUAAUGGACAUUGACGAUGACACUGUCAUUCAGUAUUAUGUUGACAAGACAUUCUGAUCUUCUCACUAUGAGUUUGUAAACCCUUAACUUCAUGUUCUACAAAAUGAUUUGAUGUAUUAUAAUUUUUCUUUUUUAUAUAAUGACUAACAAAAACACAGCUGCAACAUUUUGAUUCCUGUUCAUUUUGUUCUUUAAUUAAAUGACUACUUAUUACAGGAAAUAAACCCACUGCUUAC